AUGGUUCAGAACAAGAGCCUAGUUUUCUCCGAAGUACCCGAUGGCCUUCCUGAGGCAGGGCGACAUCUUCAGACAUACUCGACAGACUUCGAUCUUGAGGUGGCACCACUCUCAGGAGGCUUUACCUGCCAAGUCCUAUACGCCUCGCUCGACCCCUAUCUUCGACAUCGUAUGGUCGCCCCGGAGAGGGCAAGGGAUGGUUUCGAGCCAAUGGCUGUGGGGAGCGUGGUCCCAAAUGGCUUACUGGGCAAGGUCCUCAAGUCAGACACGGCUGGGUUCCAGGCUGACGAUAUUGUCAUUGGCAUGGCCCCUAUCCAGGAAUAUCUCUCCAUCCCAGAAAGCUUGGUUGCACAAUUCGCCAAGCUCGAAAAUCCGCACAACCUUGACCUAAAGCUCUUCCUCGGUCCCCUGGGCAUGCCGGGUCUAACAGCCUUUUCCGCCCUGUACGAGAUUGGCAAGCCCAAAAAGGGCGAGACCAUCUUCAUCUCUGCAGCCAGCGGAGCAGUUGGACAAAUGGUGGGACAGCUUGCCCGCCGUGAAGGGCUGAGGGUUAUUGGGAGUGUCGGGAGCGAGGAGAAGCUCAAGCUUCUUACAGAAGUUUUUGGGUUUGAUGGCGGAUUCAUUCAUAGCACUGGAGACAUUUUGGGAAACAUCAAAAGACUUGCACCUGAUGGUAUUGACAUCUACUACGACAAUGUUGGGGGCGAGCAGCUCGAAGCCGCAAUCACAGCCAUGAACGAUUGGGGACGAAUUGUUGCAUGCGGCUACGCAUCACAAUACAGUCUCCCACCAGAGAGCCAGUACGGCAUCCAGAAUACUGGCCAGAUUAUUGGCAAGAGGAUAACUUGGCGCGGAAUGAGCGUCUUUGAUGAGUCCUUGGGAGGGGCGUACCGGCAGACACACCUCGAAUCGGUAGGCGAAUGGCUCUCCGACGGCUCCCUUAAGGCUGUCAUCAGCGAGACUGUGGGCAUAGAUAAUGCCUCCCAAGGCCUCGUAGAGCUACUGCAGGGGAAGAAUAUCGGAAAGGCGCUGGUGAAGAUUGCUGCUUGA